AGAAUUACGAGGAAUAAAUGUAAAAGCAAAAAUGAUGUGGAUUCGUCGUCCUAGCUCAUUCCUGCGUUCUCCCUGCCCGUCAAUUAGAAGAUCCUGAAAUCAUAUCGGCAGGCGAAGCGAUGAGUUCCUUCGCAGUAUCUUUGAAGGCCGCUCCUUCAUUUGCUCUACCGACAUCGCCUGGCGUUGCUAGGGUUUCUGGCUCCCCAACUCUUUCAUGGGAGAAGAAGAGGGGGAGACAGAAGAAAACACAUCUUGUACGAGCGGCCCUGGUGGAGGCUGGACCCAGACAGGUGCCAGCCAUCAGAGACCGGUCGUCUGACAACAGUAAUGGUUCUUUGCAAUCUCUGCAACGAGGCGAAGUCACUUCCUCCAUUCCAUCCAGUAGAGAUCGAGCAGACGAUAUGCAAGCUGAAGCUAGGGCAAUGGCGCGUGCAGCAAACGCUUCAGUUUAUAGCCCACAACUCUUGUCCGCUAAGUAUGGCCCUCGACCCAUCAAGGUGUUGAGCAGAGCUCUCGAGAUAUUCACUGGGCUUGGUUCUUUCGGCCUUAGCCUGUGGCUCGACCAAUUGAACGGCCAGCUGGACCAGAAUAGAAGAUUACGCGCCGUUGAGCUAAGGGAGAUUUUCACCAAUUUAGGUCCUACUUUUGUUAAACUUGGCCAAGGAUUAUCCACCCGACCUGAUUUAUGUCCGCCGGAAUUUCUUGAGGAGCUUUCUAAGUUGCAGGAUGCUUUGCCAACUUUUCCUGAUGUGGAAGCAUUUUCCUGUAUUGAGAGGGAGUUGGGACGUCCACUCGAUUCUAUCUACUCCUCUAUAUCUGCAUAUCCCAUUGCUGCAGCCAGUCUGGGUCAAGUUUAUAAAGCUCAACUGAAGUUCUCUGGUCAGGUUGUUGCUGUUAAGGUACAACGGCCUGGUAUUGAAGAAGCAAUAGGAUUAGACUUUUACCUUAUAAGAGGCUUGGGUUUUCUCAUCAACAAGUAUGUUGACAUAAUAUCCAGUGAUGCUGUUGCUCUUAUUGAUGAAUUUGCUCGUCGAGUUUAUCAAGAGCUCAACUAUGUUCAGGAAGGACAAAAUGCGAGGAGGUUUAAAAAGUUAUAUGCUGAUAGAGAAGAUGUUCUUGUCCCAGACAUUUUCUGGGACUACACAAGUGGGAAAGUUUUAACAAUGGAGUGGGUGGAAGGUGUUAAAUUGAAUGAGCAAGAGGCCAUUGAGAGACAAGGGCUAAAUGUUUUGGAUCUGGUGAACACUGGCAUCCAAUGUAGUCUCAGACAACUGCUCGAGUAUGGUUAUUUUCAUGCAGAUCCUCAUCCUGGAAAUCUCUUGGCAACUCCCGAGGGGAAGCUUGCAUUUCUUGAUUUUGGAAUGAUGAGUGAAACUCCUGAAGAAGCAAGAUUUGCCAUAAUUGGUCAUGUUGUUCACAUGGUUAAUCGGGACUAUGAAGCUAUGGCUCGUGACUACUAUGCAUUAGACUUUUUGUCCCCUGAUGUAGAUGUUUCUCCAAUUGUACCAGCACUCCGAAAUUUCUUUGACGAUGCACUUAACUCAACUGUGAGUGAACUUAACUUUAAGACAAUUGUUGAUGGCUUGGGUGCUGUGUUGUAUCAAUACCCCUUUAAUGUUCCAGCUUAUUAUGCAUUGAUUCUAAGGUCCCUCACUGUUUUGGAAGGCUUAGCUCUAUAUGCUGAUCCUAAGUUCAAAGUGCUAGCGGCAUCAUAUCCAUAUUUUGCUAAGAGGCUUCUUACAGAUCCGAACCCAUAUCUUAGAGAUGCUCUCAUUGAGUUGCUUUUUAAGGAUGGAAAGUUCAGGUGGAAUAGACUUGAAAAUCUGCUUGUCCAGGGAAAGAAAGAUCGAGAUUUUUCUGCAAGAGAUGCCUUACAACCUGUCCUAAAGUUAUUAUUGGGUCCAGACGGUGAGGAAUUGAGGGUUUUGGUGACUAAAGAGGCUAUUCGUGUCACUGAAGCUGUCAUUCUGGGCUCAAUUAUUGAAUCAUAUAACUUCAUCCCUGGUCCGAUGAGGACUAUUAUCUUCAAUGGCAAUGCAGCCGGUCCUCUUGUGAUGAAUCCUGCUGAACAGGAAAGCAUGAUGGAUCUCAGGGCACAAGUAUUUAGGAUAUGGGGUCUUUUGCGAUCCUCUGAGAGUUUUGACCCAAGCCUUCUACAACCUAUUUUACAGAUACUCCAAGAACCUGAGGCACGCAGCAUUGGAGGACGCGUUGUUGGUGGAAUAAGCCAACGCCUUGCAGCGCGGUUACUGCAACAAGUUCUUCGAGCUCCUUCUCCAACUGUUAAGUAAUUGUAUCUCAAAAUUCCUGUUGUAGAUUCAAAGGAAAACUGAAAUUCUGUCACAUGACCUGUGACAAUUAUGUUCGAAUUGCUUUCCGUAUCUAUGGAGAAAAUUAACUCAA